AGAAUAUUCAACCAACUUGCUUAUAGCUAUAUAUAUUGCAUUUGGACUAUGCAUAUUCAUUCAUUCAUUCAUUGCUAGAGAAAAGGUGAUGGAGAUACCUGUAAUUGACUUCAGUAAGCUUGCUGGUGAGGAGAGACCUGAGACUAUGGCUCUCCUCCAUCAUGCUUGUGAGAAAUGGGGAUUUUUUAUGGUGGAGAAUCAUGGAGUCGAGAAAGAGUUGAUGGAUAAUGUGAAGCAAAUGGUGACACAGCAUUAUGAAGAGAACUUGAAGACAAGCUUCUAUAAUUCAGAGAUUGCUAAGAGUUUGGAGAAAAAAGAAAAUACCAGCAAAGGUGACUGGGAAAGCACCUUUUUUCUUUGGCAUCAUCCAAAUUCCAACGCCAAUGCAUUGAGAAGUCUCCCAAAUGGCUUUUGCAAAACAAUGGACAAGUACAUUGAACAACUGAUCGCCCUAGCAGAAAAUCUUGCUGAACUCAUGUGUGAUAACCUUGGUCUACAGAAGACUCACAUUAAAGAAGCAUUUUCGGGAAGCAAGGGUCCUUCUGUUGGAACGAAGGUGGCAGUAUACCCUCAAUGCCCUCACCCCGAACUAGUUAGAGGACUUCGAGAACACACUGAUGCUGGUGGCAUCAUUCUCUUGCUCCAAGAUGACCAAGUCCCUGGUCUUGAGUUCUUCAAAGACGGAAAAUGGGUACAAAUUCCACCCUCCAAAAACAACAGAAUCUUUGUGAACACAGGAGACCAGAUAGAAAUACUAAGCAAUGGAAGGUACAAGAGUGCUUUGCACCAUGUCCUGGCUACAACUGAGGGAAAUAGACUUUCUAUUGCCACCUUCUAUAAUCCUGCUGCUGAUGCCAUAAUUUCUCCAGCUGCAAAGCUCUUAUAUCCAAAACAAGUUCGCUUUCAGGAUUAUCUGAACCAUUAUGCCAAAACCAAGUUUACAGACAAGGGCCCCAGGUUUGAGUCCAUGAAAAAAAUUGUCAAUGGGAAUGAAAGAAUCUGUGCCUGAAGGGGAAACUCAUUACCAUACUAUUUGUACUUUUCAUUUACUUGUGUGUUUUGCCUUUCAAGGCUGAGUAUAAGAGAUGCUAAUGUAUUACAAAUAUUCAAUAAAAUAUACGUUUAAUCAUA